AUGCCAAAGUUCACAAAGAGGUUGGCAGACUGGACGUUGUCUGAUUCAACUUCUCCUUGGUUGCAUUUUGUCAAGCACUUUUCUUGGUCUGACACCCCUUUUGGUGCUAUUGAUACAUGGUCAUUAGAAUUGCGACGCUCCACCGCCAAAAUCAUGAACUCUCCUGACCCACGCAUUCUCCUCUUUGGCGAUCAAAGAGCUAUAAUCUACAACGAAGCGUUCGCUGCUGUCGUCGGAAGACACCAUCCACAGUGCUUAGGCGCGCCUCUCGCUGAUGUACAAGUCGACACAAUCUUCGAGAUCCUAUGGAACAUGUCGUUGACUGCUUAUGAUGGUCGAGGUGCACGACGUACGCGUCAAGAGUUGCUCCUUGAACGUAGUGGCUCUAUGGAGCAGACUUUCUGGAACAUCUUUCUUUCACCUUUACCUGGGUCAGACGGAUAUUGUGACAGUGUUGUUGGCGAGUUUACUGAUGUGACAGACUUGGUUGUCCAAGACCAGCGCCGAUCACAAGGUCUAGACAUCCUGGAUUCUGUCUCGAAGGUGGAGUGUUUGCCCGAACUGUGGUCCCAGUUCUUAGGUGCACUCGAGAAGAAUGCCCCUGACAUCUCUUACGCCAUGAUUUACACAGCUUUCGACCAUUCAUCUUUCGUGCGCUCAGAAGGUCUGCCGACACCUGACAUUACACCUCACGAUGACACUCUCCAAUCUGCAACAUCAUACUUUGUAAAGCAAUAUCAGCUUGCUGGUUCUCUGAGCUUACCAGAAAGUGUGCUCGAACCUAUCAUUGACCUUUCUAUUGCUGGAAGCUCUAGGGCGCCGGGUCUUGCGAAUGCUUUUCGCGAAGCCCUCGAGACAAAAGAGAUUACGAUCUUGUCAGAUGCAGCACUUCCAAAUGAGUUGUCAGUCCGGAUCGCAGACUCUGGCACCGUCCGUUGUGCAUCUAUACUUCCAAUUGCAAACCUUGAUGGCAAACCGUUAGCUGUUGUCGUCCUAGGACUCGACCCAAGACGACCAUUCAACGAACAUAUGAGUCGCUUUGUUCAUUGUAUACACGAGGCAGUUUGCAAGCAGGCCAUCCUGAUUACGCUUCCACAGGACCAGCAACAAUUCCAAAGAAAAUAUGAAGAGACCACUAUGGCACUCUCAACCGAACUUCGACUCUCGAUACUGAAGGCCAAGAAGAAGGAAGAAAAAUUCCUUCGCAUUGCUAAGAGCGCGCCACUUGGAAUGUUUCUCUACUCACCAAAAGAGAGGACAAUCCAGGUUAAUGAUGCUUACCUGAAAAUCACGGGGACCACGAAAGAAGACCUGGACAAGACAGCAGGGUUAGAGCUACCCUGGCUGCAGACCGUAUCUGAGGAGUAUAUGGACGUUGCAAUCAAGGAGUGGCAGCAUCUAAUGACUGAAAAGACACCCUCUGUGAUCGAGUACAAGAUACGUGACCUAUCUGACAAUCCUACCUCGCGAUGGGUGUCUGCAACGUCUUUCCCAGACCUCGAUGAGCAUGGCGAGGUCUAUUUGAUACAUGGUUGGCUUGUGGACAUCAGCGAUCGUCUGGCGAAGGAUACCUUACUUGCUCAAAGACUCGAAGACGCGCUGGAGACAAAAACGGCUACCGAACACUUUCUUGACAUGGUUUCUCACGAGAUGAGAAAUCCUCUCAGCGCCAUUUUCCAGUGCUCUGACGAGAUUCUGGACACUAUUCAGACACACAAAAAUCAGCCUGGCAUGCCAUCCAUGACCACAGCACAGCUCAAAAGCUUGGAAGACGCAGCUCAUACGAUCGCGCUAUGCGCCCAACAUCAGAAUGGCAUAUUCAGCGACAUCCUGACCGUCAGCAAGCUUGAUUCGCAAUUGCUUACUAUCAUGCCGGAGAAGAUCCGACCAGUCGAUAUAGUGCAAAGAGCAUUGAAGAUGUAUGGCCAAGAGGCGAAGAGAAGCGAUAUCAUUACUUCUAUCGAUGUCCAGGAUACAUACACGAAACACAUCUCAGAGUUUGUCAUGGCAGACCCCAAUAGACUCUUGCAGAUCAUCAUCAAUCUGCUCACGAACGCAAUCAACCACACGAGAUCGUGUAGAGAACGAUCAAUUGUCAUUUCACUUGGUGCAUCUACUACUGAGCCGAAUAAUGCCUCAGACCAAAUCGUCUUUAUGCCACCAACACCAAGAAGAUCUAGCAGCCCGUUGACUCCCUCAACGGAGCAGGAUCAGUUCAGUGCUGCCUUCUUGGAUUCGUGUUCGGGGCAAGAUGUUUACCUGCACAUUGCAGUCCAAGAUACUGGCUGUGGAUUGUCAGAGAGCGAAAUGAGACUUCUGUUCAAGAGGUUUUCUCAGCCAAAGACGUAUGGCCAAUACAGUGGUUCUGGACUGGGUCUAUUCCUAAGCAAAGAGCUGAUUGAGCUGCAAGCUGGUCGCAUUGGUGUUACCAGCACCGAAGGACUUGGGACAACCUUUUCCUUCUACAUCAAGUGUCGAAAGCCCACCGAAGAACCAGCUUCUGUUCCGAUGACUACCCCAAGGUCGCCUCGCAUCAAAGGUCACAGACCUCGUAUGAGCCGUACAGAAGCCUUCAACGACAGAGACCUUGAGUUCACCCGCCAACCUUCUCCAGUACGAGGCUUGCACGUCCUGGUCGUAGAAGACAAUCCUUUGAACCAACGCCUCGUCGCCAAACAGCUACGAAAUCAGGGCUGUACAGUCCACACCGCUGAUCAUGGACUCGAAGCUUUGGAAUUCUUAUCUAAGACGAGUAUCACUUCGUCGUCAACCUCAGGCAUAAAACUCGACAUCGUGUUACUUGACAUCGAAAUGCCUGUCAUGGAUGGUCUCAGCUGCAUUCGCAAGAUCAGAGACUUGGAACAAGAAGGUUUCUAUCUCCGACGAGUACCCGUUAUUGCUGUCACGGCCAAUGCUCGUGACGAACAGAUGAGAGAAGCGCUUGAGGCAGGUAUGGAUGCUGUGGUGACCAAGCCGUUCAGAAUCCCUGAACUGCUUGUGAGGAUGAGUGAAGUGGUCAGCGGCCAGCACUUUGCAUAA